AUGGGCCCAGGUGCACAGCAAGACACUCUUGAUGACUAUUUUGGAGAUUCAAAUUGGAAAAAGGUUGUUAAACUUGGUCAUACUAUGCUUCACAAGUUGAAGGAUGCAUUACCAGAGCAACAGGAUCAUCAUGAAGCCCUUGAUGACUUUGAAGAAGGUUUGAGAGCUGUUACUAUGGCCUCUGUGCAACUGGAACUGGCUAGGGAUGAUCAGAAUGACAUUCAAAUGGGAACUUGCCUUGCACUACAUAAGGGCUGUACUCCAAGUGUAUUGAUCAGUACUGGCUUAGAACUUGAGGAACAACAACAACAAAUGAAAGCUGACAGAACAGGCCUUGGUGUCCAUGCUUCAGAUAAUCAAGAAGGGAAAUUACUUCAGCAGAAUAACACUCUGCAAUGCAGGAUUGACACCUGGACUAAAUUACAGGAACUGUACAUGCCAUCACUUGCUGCACUAUGUGUCAGUAAGAGGUCAGUAUCUGGUGACAUUGCUGCUGCAGUAACUACACUUGAAACCAUCAAACUCUGGCUACCAUCCCAAAUUGGCAGGACAGCACCUUGUGACAUCCACCUGCAAACAAUCGAAUGGAAGCUACACUACAUGCAAGCUCACAAUGCACUCCAUUCCCUAUACUCAAACUUGUGUGCUCAGACUGCCAUCCUCAAGUAUAAAGAUCGCAACCUUUGUGGUCAAGGUGCAAAUAUGAGGGCACAGAAUACACUCAAGGCUGUUGAAGCAAGGAUUGACACUGCCGCCAGCACAUAUGAGCAUGCCCAUAAGGCUCUCAUUGUUCUUGCACCACUGCUGAAUCAGACUGGGUGA